AUGGGGAGUCUAGCACAUAUAUCUGUAGGAAAAAAAUCCUUGAUUCGGGAGAUGCAAGGUUUAGGAGAUAUGGGUGUGUAUUUUGAAGUUUUAGAGACAAAUGCAUUGUUAGAACAUUUUAGAGUUAGGCCUAUCUUAAUAGACAAGAUCAGAGAAGCCCAAGGUAAAGAUGAGUUCAUAACUAAGGCCUUGGAAAACCUUCAGGGAAGGAAAGGAAAAAUAUUUACUAAAGGCACAGAUGGAUUAUUGAGGUAUGGGAUCAGACUUUAUGUGCCCGAUAGUGAUGGAUUGAGGAGAAAAACAUUGAAGGAGGCACACAUGGUAUUCUAUGUGGUACAUCCAGGAGCUAUAAAGAUAUAUCAAGACUUGAGAAAGGUAUAUUGGUGGGAAGGACUCAAGAAAGAUGUAGUUGAGUUUAUCUCCAAGUGCCUAGUUUGUUAG